AUGGCCAUCCCCAAACCUCUCCAACACUGGCCGGGUCUCAUAGGCGCCGAGAUGGCCAAUAAAGUUCCCAGUCGACUGCGAUAUGACCCAAUGUCCGGCCAUGUCCAGAGCUGGGGAUUUCAAUGCGAUGCCGCCAGUGAUGUCAAAGAGCUCUUCAAGUUGAAUCUGGAUCCGCAUUUCGUGGAUCCCCGACCAGAGGCUCCUACUCGCAUUGAGUCCAUGAAGUGGUUCACCGAUUACAUUCAUUGCGUCUAUCGUUACGUAGUCUCGCAUUGCUCUCGCUCAUUUCCGCGCUUCGACUCGCGUCAGGUCGAGUUUGUCUUUAGUGUGCCGACGACGUGGAAGGAUCCGCGUAUGGUCGCUGAAUUGAGAAGCUCCGUCCGUUUGGAUUCAUCGGCUCAUCGUGCUAUUAUUGGGUUGACUGAGGCGGAGUCUGCCGCGGUUUAUGCUAGUGGACAGCGUUAUCAGAAAGGCGAUGUGAUCCUAGUCUGUGACACUGGCGGAGGCACGACCGAUGUCAAUGUCCUCAAAACUCAUGUCAACACCAGGGGAGCCGACGCUACUCCAUACAUUGAGCUGUCAAAGUCGGUGGGCUCAUCUAUGAUUGAUUCCGACGCCUGCCAUCUUCUAUCGAGACGACUUGAGCAUAUCCAAGAUUCCCUUUCUCGAACACCCUAUGAAAUUGCCCGCGAACUGGUCUCGCAACGAUUUCAGCGCUUCAAAUGCAACUUUGGCUCGGAGCUGAUGGACGGCUCAUUGCUGAGACUCGGCAUUCCGGGACUCAUCGGGGGGAUUUUCCUGCUGUGGGGACCAUCAAUGGGCAAAUUACCAUCACUGGCUGUUGUCCAAGGUCAGACCCUGAACCGCAUCCAACAAAUCAAGCUGGGUGUCUCAGCGUUCGACUCUCUCUGCAGUCGGGUCAGCUACGGCGUAAUCUGCGACCAACUCUACGACCCGAGUCGUCAUGCAAGUGAGCCCGUCCGAUACGACGACGAGACGGGAAAAAGGCGACGCCGUUCCCCGCACAGGGGUAUCCAAAGGAUUCCGAUGAAAGAUCUAUCCCCAGGAUAUGGCCCGACCCUGGGUGGCCCAGAUAGUCAUGUCAACGCUACGUCCACACAGGUACCCCAGAGCAUGGCGCAUUCCGGGGCCACCUUGAUCUGCAACAUCGAGGUGGAUAUGGCCAGUGUGGAUCGGAAACCGCAGAAUCAUCGCUGGUAUCAUCGGAAUCCGGCGCAUUUCCUGGCUACUUUCACGAUCAAGAUGGUUGUAGGGCCCAAUGAUCUCGAGUUCGAAUUAUGGAAUAAGAGCGGUGGGAGAAUCCGUAGUCAGAACAAGGAUCCUAUUGCUAUAAAAUGGAAUCCUACGGUGGAGAAAAUGGAUGAGACUAUGCGAGGACCGAGAGAAUUGUUUGCUGACGAUAAGCCGCGGCGGAGAUACUGUUAA